UUGAACCCCCUGAGAAUUCUAAUUUGCACCCUAGACCCCAACUCCUCUCUCACACACUCAUCACGUCAGAUCUCUCUCACGCUCUUCACUCUCAUUCUCUGAUUUCUCUCAGUCUCUCACGAUACACCACAACUCCACAAGCACUCUCACCCAUCAACGCGCACCACCACCGGCCACCACCACGCCGGCCGCCGCACCACCACUGUCCAGCCGUGCCUCUGGCUCUGCGGUUCUACAGAUCGAUGGCGAAGGACAUAGACGAGUUGCCGAAGAACGCAGCGAACUACACGGCGUUGACGCCGCUCUGGUUCUUAGAGAGAGCAGCUCAGGUGCAUCCCAACAGAAAAUCGCUCAUCCAUGGAUCCCGUCACUACACGUGGCACCAGACUUACCAGCGUUGCCGUCGAUUCGCCUCCGCUCUUUCCAACCACUCCAUUGGCCUCGGAAACACCGUAGCUGUUAUUGCACCCAACAUUCCAGCACUUUAUGAAGCUCAUUUUGGGGUUCCAAUGGCAGGGGCUGUAUUGAACCCUGUUAACAUCAGGCUCAAUGCAUCCACAAUAGCUUUCCUUCUUGGUCAUUGCACAGCAGCAGUAGUGAUCGUAGACCAAGAGUUCUUUUCAUUGGCAGAAGAAGCCAUGAAAAUAUGGUCUGAGAAAGCCAAAACCUUCAAGCCUCCAAUUCUAAUUGUUAUUGGUGAUGAAAACUGCGACCCUAAGGCACUUCAAUAUGCUUUGGACAAAGGAGUCAUUGAAUAUGAGGACUUUCUUCAAAGUGGUGACCCUGAAUAUGCAUGGAAACCUCCAGAAGAUGAGUGGCAGAGCAUUGCUUUGGGUUACACGUCAGGUACCACUGCUAGUCCCAAGGGUGUGGUGUUGCAUCACAGGGGAGCUUAUUUGAUGUCUUUGUGUGGAGCUCUUGUUUGGGGAAUGACUGAAGGAGCUGUAUAUCUUUGGACACUACCCAUGUUUCAUUGCAAUGGGUGGUGCUACACUUGGACACUUCCAGCCAUCUAUGGCACUAACAUUUGCCUUCGCCAGGUAACAGCGAAGGCGGUGUAUGAAGCCAUUGCAAAAUACAAAGUGACUCAUUUUUGUGCAGCACCUGUGGUUCUUAACUCAAUAAUUAAUGCCCCACCUGAGGAUACCAUUCUUCCUCUACCCCAUGUGGUACAUGUGAUUACAGCUGGGGCUGCUCCUCCUCCUUCUGUUCUUUCUGGCAUGUCGCAACGAGGAUUUCGCGUCACGCACACUUACGGUCUCUCAGAAACUUAUGGCCCUUCAGUCUAUUGCGCCUGGAAACCCGAGUGGGACUCGCUUCCCCUUGAAACUCAAGCCCGGCUCCACGCAAGGCAAGGGGUUCGGUACAUUGUCUUGGAAGGCCUUGACGUUGUGAACACAAAAACCAUUAAACCUGUUCCUGCUGAUGGUAAAACUGUUGGUGAGAUUGUGAUGCGGGGUAAUGCUGUGAUGAAAGGAUACCUAAAGAACCCGGAAGCUAAUGAAGAGACCUUUGCAAAUGGAUGGUUUCACUCCGGGGAUCUUGCUGUGAAGCAUCCAGAUGGAUAUAUAGAAAUCAAAGACAGAUCAAAGGACAUCAUAAUCUCAGGUGCCGAAAACAUCAGCAGUGUGGAGAUAGAGAAUACUCUGUACUCACAUCCUGCGAUACUGGAGACAUCAGUGGUUGCAAGGCCAGAUGAGAGAUGGGGUGAGUCUCCCUGUGCUUUUGUGACAUUAAAACCAGGAGUGGAUGCUAGUAAUGAGCAGCGUCUAGUUGAGGAUAUACUCAAGUUUUGCAGGGCCAAGAUGCCAGCUUAUUGGGUCCCAAAAUCAGUAGUAUUUGGACUGUUACCUAAGACCGCUACAGGGAAGGUGCAGAAGCAUUUGCUGAGGGCCAAGGCAAAAGAGAUGGGACCUGUUAGGACGAGCAAGUUGUGAUCAUAUCAGUGACUAUGACGAAAAAAGCUUCUAGAUGAUGUUAUGUGUGAAUAGGACUGUGCUGGGUAGUGAAAGUCGUUAUCUAUUACAAUAAAAGAGAAGCUUUUAUCUCUGCUUAAAAUUUGUUGAGUCAGACAAUUUGUCAUUCAUCUAUUUUAGAGUGAACAAAUCCAUUGUGGCCUCAGUCCUGGCUUUUAGUCCUCCUUUAGCAGAAAACUCUGUAUUAUCCACUCAAACUAAGUAAAUUAGAAUUACGAACCUUACUCCA